CCCGCCUCCCAAGGCGGCAGCCAUGGCGGCCUGGCGGGUCCCGGCGUCCGUGGGCGCUGCGCUCGGGAGGCAGCCGUCCGCCGCCCCGCCGCCAGAACCGCCCCGGGUCGGAGAAGGGUUCCGACAGCGCCUCAGCUUCACCCUCUGCUCCGCUUCGCAGGGAGACUGCGGCGGCUCUGGGCCCGACUCGCAGGGCGGGCCGGAGGGAGCAGCGAGGCGUCCGGCGAGCAAAGAGUUAACAGCGGCAGAGCGGAGGAUCUCGGAGCUUCACGCCGCCGCCUGCGCGGCUGGCCAGCUGAACUACGUGGACCCAGCUACCGGCUACAUUGUGCUCACCCGGCUGGCCCACUUGCAGAGGGGCAGAUGCUGCGGCUCUACCUGCAGACACUGUCCAUAUGGUCACGUCAAUGUCAAAGAUCCAUCCAAAAAGAAGCGAUUCAAUUCACACUUUUAUGUUUGAGAAGAAUUUCAUUGCUGUUCUCCAUCUAAUUGAGCCUUAUUAAAAAAAUAAAUAAAACCGUAAUCCAGAAUUGCUUUCUGUGCUGUUAGUACUUGGGCACUAGUUUAAUCUUAAACUUAAGCAUAUAUUAAUCUUAAACAUGUAUUAAAAGAACAUCAGUAAAAUGAAAAAGCUAGCAAA